AUGUCAACGAGAGCGAUUCUCAUUUUCGGCGCUACCGGCAAACAAGGCGGCGCUGUGCUUGCCAAGCUACAGCAGGACAACAAAGAUGCAGAGGCAAGCAAGAGAGAGCUGCCAUUCGAUCUGUACGCAGUCAGUCGCAACGCGUCAAGCAGCAAGUCGCAAGCCUUGUCCAAGCUCGCCGGUGUCAGCGUGAUCCAAGGCAAUAUGGACAAUGUUGGGCCCAUCUUCGAGGAAGCAGCUCAACGCGCCGGACACAAUGGCUUGUACGGCGUGUUCAGCGUCCAAGAUGCGGGCGCCAAUGAAGUCGCCCAGGGCAAAUCGAUCGCGGAUCACGCCGCGAAGCACCAAGUGAAGCUGCUCGUCUAUUCUUCAGUCGAGAUGGGCGGCCUCGAAGACACAAAGGUCCCGCACUUUGAGACCAAGCGAGUAAUCGAGAAGUAUACCCAGCAAACGUAUCCUGAACUCGCCCUCACCAUUCUCCACCCCGUUGCCUUUAUGGAGAACUUCAAUUACUGCCAAAGCACCUUUCAGGGCAAGAUAUUCUCGACCAUGCUCACCAGAGACGUCAAGCGCGAGCUCAAGUACGUCGCAGUCGCCGACGUUGGCCACUUUGCGGCGCUUGCAUUCGAGACGCCAGAAAAGUACAAAAAUCGGACGCUACCGCUCGCAGGCGACAGUCUGACCCCCGAUCAGAUCAGGACGAUCUUCAAAGAGACAAAAGGGACGGAGCUACCGACGACAUAUCGCAUCGUUACUUGGCUCCUGCUGAGCCUUGUCGGCGAUCUGCGCAAGAUGGUCUAUCUCUUCAAUACACAAGGCUAUAAAGUCAAUAUCGACGAGCUGCGCAAGGAAUACCCAGAGCUCAAGACGUUCAAGCAGUUCCUCGAAACGGACUACGAAGCAUAG